AUGCCCGUUCCCCUUCCCACCCGCAAUUCCCCUCGACUUCCGCGUGCCUGUCCGCCCCCCUGCAGUUCCGCCUACUCCGCGGAUGCGCUGGGCGUGGAGAUGGCGGCGAUCGCGCUGCCGGCGCUGCUGGCGCUCGCCGCCGAACCCGUCGCGUCGCUCGUUGAUACGUUCUACAUCGGGCAGAUGGGUGAGGGCAGAUGGGCACCAACCCAUCGUCUCUCUGCGCCUUGUCUCUGCCGUGCUGCCUGCCCCCUGGCGCGUGUGUGGCGCGUGGCAGGCGCGGAGGAGCUGGGGGGGGUGGGGGUGGCGGUGGCGGUGGUGGGGGUGCUGUCCAAGGUGCUCAACGUGCCCCUGCUCAACAUCACCACCUCCUUCGUCGCUCAGGACCAACACCUCCUCGCCCACCCACUGCAGCAACACCAUGUGCAACAUCAGCCGCAGCAGCAACAGGGCUCGCCUCCAGUAUCAUCCGCCUCCUCUACCUCCUCCGCCUCCGCCGCCUCCCCCCCGCCCGCGUCCAAGCCCGUGGUACCGUCCGUGUCAGCGGCGCUGCUAAUGGCCGUGGCGCUUGGCGCAUUAGAGGCGCUGCUGCUGGCGGUGGCGGCGGCGCCGCUGCUGGGGGUGAUGGGCGUGGGGCCCGCGUCCCCCAUGCACGCGGCGGCGCUGCAGUACCUGCAGGUGAGGGCGGUGGGGUCGCCCGCCGUGGUGCUGUUCCUCACGGCGCAGGGCGUCUUCCGCGGCCUCAAGGACACUCGCACACCGCUCGCUGCCUCCGUGAGUGGCAACGUGGUGCACGUCUUGCUGGACCCCAUUCUCAUCUUCUCCGCCGGGCUGGGCGUGUCAGGCGCUGCAGCCGCCACGGUGGCAGCACAGUACGGCAUGGCGGGGUGGCUGCUGCUGCGACUGAGUGCCACAGUGCAGCUCAUCCCGCCCUCGCUCUCCCUCGUCACAUUCGACCGCUUCUUUAAGUCCGGCGGGCUGCUACUGGGGCGAACGGUGGCGCUGUUGGGGGCGAUGGCGGUGGGGACGAGCAUGGCGGCGAGGCAGGGGGCGGUGCCCAUGGCGGCACACCAGCUCGCACUGCAGCUCUGCCUCGCCGCCUCCCUCCUCUCCGACUCCGUUGCCCUCGCUGCUCAGACCUUAUUGGCAGCGGCCUUUGCACGCAACAACACGGCCAUGGUGCGAGCCAUCAUGCUGCGAUCGCUGCAGAUAGGGUUGGGCAUGGGAGCGGUGAUGGGGGUGCUGCUCUCACUGUCCGCGCAGCUGCUGCCGGCGCUCUUCACCUCCGAUGACCGUGUGCUGCUGCAGGCUGUCGCCCUCAUGCCCUUUGCAGCAGCGAUGCAGCCGAUGGCGAGCAUGGCGUUUGUGUUUGACGGGCUGCACUACGGCGCCACUGACUUCGCCUUUGCUGCCCUCGCCAUGAUGGCAGUGGCGCCAGCAGCAGCGGCGGUGCUGGUGUAUGCACCGAGCGAGUGGGGAGUGGAGGGCGUGUGGAUUGGCCUCUCUCUCCUCAUGGCCGCCCGCAUGUUUGCCGGCUUCCUCAGGUCAGCCACCUUCCUCAGGUCAGCCACCGCAUGCUUGCUCUAUCCCCCCAAUUCUUCCCCCCCCCCACCCCCGUGCUCUCACUCUUACGCCCCUCAUGCCUCCCCAUGCCUUACGCCCCCCAUGCAUUAUGCUCCCCCUGCCGUGUUGGUAACGUCAUGCAGAGUGGGCACGGGCGGUGGGGCGUGGGCGGUGCUGCAGCCAGCACCACAUGCGCACAGGAGCCUUGUUGGUGCAGGCGAUCAUCAUGUAUCCACACGUGAUUCAAGCGAUGGUGACAGUGGUGAUGUGGAUCAUGACUGGCGGAGUGAGCUCGGGCUGUUGGGUUGGGAGGUAUCUGGGAUGGCGGAGGCGGGAAGUGCCACCGCGCGAUCGCCGGCGGAAGAGGCGGGAGUGGAGACCGACAUGGCGCGACUCGCGGUGGCAGAUGCGACUGACGGGAAGCCCGCAGGCGGCGGUGGUGACGUGGACGAUUUGGAUGACGUGGAGCAGACGGAGGUGGUGUUGUUCCACCUCAAGGAGUGCUACGUGUACAAGGUGCGCCGCGCCCACACAUCCUCCGUGCUUUCACCGCUCGUUCCGCUCAUUCCGUUCGUUCCGCAUUAUGCGUGCCGCUGCGAUGCGCGCAGGCAAGUCGCGAGCAGGUGUCACCCCAUUGGCGCGUCUGCGCACGCGUCGUCCGGAGAAUGUCUUAGAAUGUGCCUGCUGGGUCGACUUGCAGCGAGCGGUGCCAGUGCGAGCAGGGAACGGGCAUCCGCCCUGCUGGACGCCGCCACAGGGGACCUCUUCGCACACGCGCCCGUGCGCCCCAACCACCCGUUGCCCCUGGAGGCCGUCAUCGACAGCAGCCGCUUCUUCGUGCUGCGCAUCGAAGACUCCUCUCCGCCCCCCCCCUCCGCCUCUGCCGCCUCUGCCGCCUCUGCAUCCUCUAGCAAGGGUGGGACGCCCGCUGCUGCGGCGCCACCGGUGGUGAGGCAUGCGUUCAUAGGGUUGGGGUUUCGGGAGCGCACGGCGGCGUAUGACUUCCAGGCGGCGGUGUACGACCAUGUGCAGUACGUCCAGAAGCAGCAGGAGGCGCGGCGCAUGGGGCGCACGUAUGACUCGCGGCCUGCCGCUGACUACCGCCUCAAGGACGGCCAGACGCUGCACCUCGACCUCAAAACGGUUCGUGAGAGAUGGGGAGAAGGUGGGGGGGAAGGGGGGGAAGGGGGGGAAGGGAUGAGGGAUCGGCCGGCACGGGCAAAGCCAAGCACAGCGGGCCUGCCGCUGUCGCCCACCACCCCGGGCAACGUGGCCUUCAAGUUGCCCUCCCUCACAGCUGCUGCCCCUGACGCGUCUGCCCCCUUCCCCAUGCGCCAAGCCUCAGGGGACCAUGCCGCUGCUGACUCCUCCCCACCACAUGCCACCGCAGCUGCCACCACCACUACCGCCUCGCCUCCCAUCCUCCCUCCCCCGCCCCCGGCGCGCCUCUCCUCGCCUCCCUCCGCGUCCCCCUCCUCCCCUCCCUCCACAUCCUUCUCUGCGCGCUCCUUUCCCCCCGCGGCCCCUUCCCCCUCCAUCGCGUGGGCGUUCCAAUCCGACGACCCCCCUGCCUCUGUCACCUCCGUACCCCAGUCCGUCAUGCCUGCAACCUCGGGUGGCAGUGAGGGCGGUGGCAGUGCGGCAGCAGCGGGGGAGGACACAGAUGACUUUGGGGAGUUUGUGGCCGCGUGA